AUCAACAACGCCGGUUGAUUUUUGGGAACGCGACGCUCUGUGGUGUGGCUGUCGUGUUGUGUGUGUUGGUGCAUGGUGGUAGAGGAUUUGUUUAUGUUUUCGCAGUAGUUUGAGUGUGAAGGUCCCUUACAAGCAUCAAGAGCAUUUUCUCCAUUUUGAUUUUUUGUUGUGCAGUUUGGCUGCAAUUGCAGCAGUGCAGUGCAGUGCAGUUAACUGCUUUGAACCGCUCCCCAUUCAACUGUUUGAACCUGGACUGACACAUAAGACCGUGUGACAUCAACAUGCUUUUAUUGAGUUUAUUUGAGUAAGCUCAAGCUGUGAGCAUGUAGAGAAUUUUGUUCAAUCAUAAACAUGCAACAUUCUGGAGGAAUGUCAGAUUCCAUCCGACCCUACAAGCUCGCUCAUCAAAUCCUGAGCUUGACAGGGAUCAAUCUUCAGCGUCAAAGCAUUAUCGGUUUUGUGGAGCUGACACUGGCACUGCAGACUGAGUACCUUAGGCAGGUGAAGCUCAAUUGCAAGCAGUGCAGAGUCUACCGGAUCACACUCAACGAUGACCUGGAGACGACCUUCAGCUACUGCGAUCCUACUCAGGAUAUCAUGCAGGGUAGCUCAAACCGCGACCUGGAGUCGUUCGCCGAGGCGCACGAAGCGGCCGUCAACUCUACGGACCCAGAGUACGGACGUGGCGAGCUGGUGGUGGACAUACCGGUGGAUGCUCAGGACCUGAUCCAGGAGGGGCAAAUGCUGCGCAUCGGCGUCGAGUUCAGCCUGGAGACUCCCACGGCCGGUGUGCAGUUUGUGCUGCCGGACACGGAUGGCACUCCGGCGGAGCGAGGAGCCCACAUGUUCACCUACGGCUUCGAGAACUCGUCUCGGCUGUGGUUCCCGUGCAUCGACAGCUUCUGUGAUCUGUGCACCUGGAAACUGGAGUUUACAGUGGAUGAGACUCUGACGGCGGUAUCGUGUGGCGAUCUGAUUGAGACGGUGUACACGCCCGAUAUGAGGAGGAGGACGUUCCACUAUCACCUGGCGCUGCCGACCGCGGCGCCCAACAUCGCCCUGGCCGUGGGACCGUUUGAGAUCUACGUGGACCCGCACAUGAACGAGAUCACCUACUUCUGUCUGCCCAACCUACUGCCUCAGCUCAAACACACGGCCAAGUUCAUGCACGCUACGUUCGAGUUCUUCGAGGAGGUGCUGGCCAACAGGUUCCCGUACUCGUGCUACAAGCAGGUGUUUGUGGACGAGACGUACGAGGACGUGUCGUCUUACGCCACCCUCAGCAUCCUCAGCGUGAACCUGCUGUGCCCGCCACAAGUCAUCGAGCAAGUGUACGAAACGCGCCGGUGCCUGGCGUUAGCGCUGGCCCACCAGUUCUUCUCCUGCUUCAUAUCGUUAACGGGCUGGAGCGACGCGUGGCUGACGCUGGGUAUCAGCCACUACCUGACCGGGCUCUACGUGAAGAAGUUCUUCGGCAUGAACUACCAUCGCGACUGGAUGUACUCGGAGAUGCAGGAGGUGAUCAAGUACGAGCAGCGGUACGGCCCGAUAGUGCUGGACAACAGCGGCACGGCGCCGACGGGCAGCCACGCUCCGCCCACCUUUCACCCACUGCACUCGCAGAAGGAGUUCUACUUCCCACUCAGUUCGGUCCACACGGUAUCGCCUCGCUACCUGGAGGUCUACACCAAGAAGUCACAUCUCAUCAUGAGGAUGAUCGAGCAGCGUAUCGGAGCCGAGCUUCUCCUUCAGGUGUUCAACAAGCAGCUCUCGCUGGCCAUGAACGCCUGCGAGCAGCGCUUCUCCUACGACGCCUGGGGCAGCAUCCUGCUCUCCACCAGCACCUUCCUCAAGGCCAUCUACACUGUGACCGGCAAGGACAUCAACGUGUUCUGCGACCAGUGGGUGCGCCAGGGAGGACACGCACGCUUCCACAUGUCAUUCGUCUUCAACCGGAAGAGGAACACGGUGGAGCUGAAGAUCAGCCAGGACCAGGUGGGCUCUCGCGGCGUGCGUCUCUACAUGGGACCGCUGCUGGUGCAUCUUCAGGAGCUGGAUGGAACGUUCAAACACACACUCCAGAUAGAGGGUAUCAACGCCUCUGCGGACCUCGUGUGUCACAGCAAGUCGCGGCGCCAGAAGAAGAAAAAGAUCCCACUCUGUACGGGCGAAGAGGUCGACAUGGACCUCAACGCUAUGGACCCGGACUCGCCAGUGCUGUGGAUCCGUCUGGACCCGGAGUUCUCCGUGGUUCGUGAGACAGUGGUCGAACAGCCCGACUACCAGUGGCAGUUUCAGCUGCGCCAUGAGCGGGACGUGGCCUCUCAGAUCGAGGCGGUGGACGCGCUGGUCCGCUACCCCAGCCCGGCGUCCCGCUCGGCGCUCACUGAUGUGCUCGAGAACGAACAGUGCUACUACCGCGUCCGCAUCCGCGCCGCACACGCCCUGGCUAAGGUGGCCAACGCGCUGGUGUCGAGCUGGUCCGGUCAGCCGGCGAUGAUGGUCAUCUUCAGGAAGAUGUUCGGCUCCAAGUCGUGUCCGCACAUCGUCCAGCUCAACGACUUUGAGAACCUGCAGGUCUACUACAUCCAGAAGACGAUCCCGAUCGCCAUGGCAACUCUGCGCAACUCUCACGGCAUCUGUCCGCCGGAGGUGUCCAAGUUCCUGCUGGACCUGUUCAAGUACAACGACAACAGCCGAAACAAGUACUCAGACAACUACUACCGAGCCGCUCUGAUCGAAGCUCUGGGCGAGUCGGUGACGCCCGUCGUCUCCCUGGUCUCCCAGCUGGGUGCCGCCAGUAUCACCCCCGACUCCCUAUCACCCGAGACACGACAGCUGCUGGACGAAAUCGUCCGCGCACUCAACCUCGACAAGCUGCUGCCCUGCUAUAAGUUUGUGGUGACACAGGCGUGUCUCCGCGCGCUGCGGAAGCUGCAGAGGUGUGGGCAUCUGGCCAGUCGGCCGCAGCUCUUCAAGGGGUACGCUGCCUACGGACAGUUCAUUGACGUGCGACUAGUGGCGCUCUCCUGUCUGGUCGACUACGUGCAGGCCGACGGACAGGAGGAGGACCUGCUCUUCCUGCUCUCGAUCCUGGAGGCCGACCCGGUGCCCCAGGUGCGCCGGCAGCUGGCCAGGAUGCUGGUCGAUACGCCGCCGUUUGAGCGCGGUAGGAAACACCCGCUGGACACGGGAGACGUGGCAAUACGGCUCUGGAUGUUAAUGAACGCCGGCUGUGCGUACGACUCUCAGCUACGCUGUGCCGUGGUCGACCUCUACUACGUGCUGUACGGCCGCGGCCAGCCGUCCUGGAUCCCCGAGCUGUCGCACUUCCCCACCAUGGACGGGCGUCUGAAGGAGGACCCGCUGGCUGACGAGCCGCCGCUGUCCACGACGCGCCUCAGCCGACACGAGCUGGAGCUGGAGCGGGCCCGGGCUCGCGCGCGCCGCUCGGCCCUGGAGCCGCCGCCGUCACCGCCGCCGCCGCCCCCGCCCGAGGACCGCAGCCCGCCGCCGCCGCCGCCGCCCGGUGCCGAGCCUGCUCUGGAUAUGGACGAUCUGGUCUCUGUGGAGAUGGUCUCGGACGAUGAGACAAGGAGGGAUGAUGAGUCGACGGACAUCUCGCCGCUGGGCCGGACCAAGUCUGAACCCUACUCGGACGACUCGCGGUCACUGCCGUCGGCGGCUGGUGCGGCCGGCGCCACGGGCGGCCUGGGACCCACCUCCUUCUCCGGGGUGCUGCCAGAACAGAAACCGCACAAGGCAAAGAAAAAGAAGAAGGAUAAGAAGAAACACAAGAAGCACAAGCACAAACACGAUCGCCCGGAGAAGAGCAGCCACGAUAAGGACAAGUUGGACCGUCUGCGGCUGAAGGAGGAGAACCUCAGCUCUCCGGCCAGCUCCGGACCCGACACUCCCACCCCCAAUAUCGAGAUCAGCUUCUGAACCAGCCCCAGAGGGACAGACAGGCGGUGGGCUGUCGGUCGCUCCUACCGCGAUACUGCUGACAUCUAUCGGCCUGGUGUGGAACUAGGCGCCACCGGCUACCUACCGGUCAGAUCAGGAACUAAUGGUCAUGGAGGCGGCUGCUGUUUUUACGGAGGGGAAAGAGAGGCUUUUAGGCGUUGCUUAUGACCGUUGAACGCCUUUCUGUAUAGUUUCAAUGUGUGAUCAUCAUCAUCAUCAUGUAUGUUUGCUUUGGGACUUGCUUGGAUGAAUGUGUGUAAAUGACGUGAUUUGUGCUCGUGUGGACAGCGCACUGGACAAUGUGAACAUGUGGACAAGGAGACUGGACAGCGUAGUGUCCACAUGAGCGGCUCUGCGCACAUUGACCAGUGUUAGUGCGGACAGUGCAGUGCGACUGUGGCGAGGGAUGGUCGGUUGAAUUUCAUAAUCGAUCUCUGUAGCCACUGACCGAUUGUAAAAUAUAUGUCGGCUGGAACUUCGGCUGAGAUUAAA